AUGCCACCAAAAAAGAAACCAAUUGGAGUUACUGCAACAACCUCAACAACUAAUGCUGCUGCUACUACUGCUGCUGCUGCACCGACAGUUGUAGCUACUCCAGUUACUUCAACUUCAUCUACUACUACUAAUUCUUCUGCGGCAAAGAUAAUUAAAUGGUAUUGGGCAGGAGAUUCAACUAAAGGAACACAAGAUACAUUGGUUGAAUAUGACGAAGAGGUAGCAGAGGAAAUUGAGGAUGCCUAUCAAAACUUUCAAGGAAACAAUAAACUUGAUCGAAUGAAGAUUGAUAAAGAAAGAUACGUUGAUUUUACUCAAAUGGCUCAAUGUAGAUAUGAUGAUCCAUCAAAACAAAGAACCAUUGAUAGAAAAGAAGUUGAUCCAAAUAUCCCAGUUCAAUUAGCGUUACCACAAAGAGUAUUAAAGAAAAAAGCUGCUGUUAAAAAAGGUACAAAGAGAUCUGCAAAUGAUAGUGACGAUGAUGUAGAUGUUGGUGAUGGUAGUCAAAAUGGUUUGGUUCCAGCAAUUGGAGGAGGAAUUAGUACUUCUUUGACAACCACUUCUACAACAACCUCAACAACAAAACAAGCAAAAAAGAAAAAGAAAAAAGCUGUUAGUAGUGACGACAGUGAUUCAAGUGAAAAUGAUAGUGAUAGUGAUGAUGAAGAUUACCAUGCAACUUGGUAUUGGGCUGGUGAUAGUGCAGGUGGUGGCCAUCAAGAUAUGUGGGUUAAAUAUGACUCUGCAUUUGCCAAGAAACUGGAAAAGGCCUACGUCAAAAACAAACCAAAAGUUAAAGUUGACAGUGAUCGUUUUUGUGACAUGCAAAAUAUGCUUCAACGUAGAUACGAUGAUGAAAACAAACGUAGAAUGUUAAAAAGAGAAGAUCCAAUUAAAGCAAGCAAAGCAAAACCUGGAAAACCUACUUCUUCAACAACUACAACAACUACAACAACUCCUACAUCUACUACUUCAACUACUUCAACUUCGCCUUCAACUGCCAACUCAAUUACAACAAAUGGAAGUACAAAUGCAAAUACAGCACCAAUGUCACAAUCAUUGGCAAUAUCCCAAGCUUUGAAAUGUCCAAGUACAUGGGUAGAUGUAUCAAUGGAUUAUAAAGAGGUUGAUGUGUACCCACAUACCGCUGAAUUUGAUUGGAUGAGUGAUCUAUUUUCAAAAACCAUUGCCUCUAAUCACAAGAAUACAAUGACUCUUUCACCAAUUAUAUUUAAAGAUUUAAAGGUUACUAGAGUUGUUAGAAUUCAAAAUGCUUCACUUUGGUUACGUUAUAAUCAUCGAAAAGAAAAGAUUAUUCAAGAUAAUAAUGGUAAAUGUACAAAAGUAGACAAGAUAAUAAGUAAUUUAUCAAAUGGACCAGAUGUUGAUAAAGAUGCAAAUGAAUGUUUCCUUUUCCAUGGUUUAAAUGUUAGUUCGAUUACUGGUAUUACGAAAUUUGGAUUCGAUCCAAGAUUUUGUUCUUUGGAGGGUAUGUUUGGAGCUGGUCUUUAUUUUGCCGAGAAUUCUUCCAAAUCGAAUCAGUACUGUCACGCAGGUGCCUGUACAAGCAGUGGAUUCAAAGCAAACAAUUGUAAAUGUACUCAAAAGGAUGAAGUGUGUCUGUUGGUGUGUCGUGUCAUCCUCGGUGAAACAUUGGUCGAAAACGUGUUUCGUGGUAACAAUCCAGGUGAAUUCUGGCAUGGUCGUCGUACAGAACCAAAGAGACCUGAUGGUGUCAAUAUCUACAAUAGUGUCGUAGGUGAAUCAAAGGCAAAUCACGGUUCAAAGGCUACACUUCAAUUAAGAGAAUAUAUUGUUUAUGAAUCUGGUCAAGUUUAUCCAGAAUAUAAAGUUUAUUAUAAAAGAAUUAAAUAA